AUCACUGACAGGUGUCUCCUCCAAAUGUUUGUUUGCCUAUCAAUAACAUCAAUAGAAAGCCAAAGUACCCGGGAAUGGUACAUGAGUGUUAACGCUCAGCAUGAGACACCGUGUGAGCUGUGAGCAUGGCAAAUUUACAACCAAGGUAGGUCAGCUGGUCAGGAUAUCUAGGUAGGAGGGUGUGCUGGUGGUUAGUCGUUACUGGUUAGCGAAGCACUAUUUGGGUUCACGUGGAGAAGAGAAAUUGAUUGGAGUUUCUAGUGAACAGAGGCGUGUUAGUGUGUGCUAAGUGUUGUGUGGGCUUGGUGAUGUUUUGAUGAGGUUGCAAUGUAAUGAUGUGCUGUAGAGAAAGAACAUGGCUCCGUUGACUAUAAGCAAUUUAGAUUAAGAUAGUAGAGGCUGGUGUUUUUCCUACUGAAACAGAGAGAGAAAAAAGAGAGUGGUGAUCGAUGAGCUUGGAGGAAGAUUACAGGAACCUGAAGCAGUCAGCUGAAGCCAAAAUAAAUGGGGAGGCUGAAAAUAAUAUUUCAAGAAAUAGAUUUUCUUCUCUUUUAGUCUCCAAAGAUCGUAAUUUUCUUCUCUCUCCCGAUGGAACUAAGGUGGAAGUUUCUGAACUUGAAGGCAAGGUCGUAGGCCUCUACUUCUCUGCUAACUGGUACCCACCAUGCAGAAACUUCACACAGAUCCUAAUUGAUGCAUACGAGCACCUAAACAGCAACGGGUGUAAUUUUGAGGUUGUGUUUGUGUCAUCUGAUGAGGACUUAAAUGCCUUCAACAACUAUCGAGCAUUGAUGCCCUGGCUUUCCAUUCCAUUUUCUGAUUUGGAGACAAAAAAAGCCUUGGACCGUAAAUUCAACGUUGAAGGUAUUCCCUGUUUAAUUAUUUUGCAACCUAAGGAUAAUAAGGAUGAGGCAACUUUGCAGGAUGGAGUUGAAAUCCUUUAUCGAUUCGGAGUCCAAGCCUUUCCGUUCACUAAACAGAGACUGCAGGAAUUGGAAUUGCAAGAAAGGGAAAAGCACGAGUGCCAGACCUUAACCAAUUUACUAACAAUCAAUGAUAGAGACUAUCUUUUCGGUCAUCCUGCACCUAAACAGGUGCCAGUUGAUUCAUUGGUUGGCAAAACGGUUGGACUUUUCUUCUCAGCCCAAUGGUGUCGCCCAGGCGUCAAGUUCACUCCCAAGCUUGUCUCUAUCUACCACAAGAUCAAGCAGAUGCUGACCCCAAAUGCUAAUGAUGAGGAUUUUGAGAUUGUGUUUGUGUCAAGUGAUUGUGAUCAACCAGGAUUCGACUCUUACUUCAAUACCAUGCCAUGGCUGGCAUUACCUUUUGGAGACCCUACCGUCAAAAGCCUAACCAAGCAUUUUGAUGUGCAGGGUAUCCCUUGUUUGAUAAUUUUAGGCCCUGAUGGUAAAACUAUUACCAAGCACGGGAGAAGCCUAAUCAACUUGUACCAAGAAAACGCUUACCCUUUCACGGAAGCAAAAGUGGACUUACUAGAGAAACAGAUGGAUGAAGAGGCUAAAAACCUGCCAAGAUCAGAGUACCAUGCAGGGCAUAAGCAUGAGCUCACUUUGGUAUGCCAAGAAACUGGUGGAGGACCUUUUAUAUGCUGUGAUUGUGAUGAGCAAGGGUCUGGUUGGGCUUACCAGUGCCUUGACUGUGGAUAUGAGGUGCACCCCAAGUGUAUUAGAGCUGUGGACUUCGGCUCCAUGCUUGAGAAAUGAAUAAACUGGCUAGCUCUAUUGUGCUAAUUCAACAGUGGUGUAUUACUGUGUGUUCAUCGUGCUUUGGACUGUGGAUUUCGCUUUUAAUUAAGUUCAGCAUUAGUUAGCAAAUCGAGUUUCAGGUUGGAUUUUAUUAGAGCUAAUUAUUAAGAUAAGCUAAUUACAAUAAAAAACUAUUUUCUUUUUA